AUGCCAAGCCCGGCGCCGGCGCCGGCUCCGUGCGACCCCUCUCCGGAUAUUGGUCACAUCUCGGCAAUUGGGUGCGGACUUUUCCGAAGACUGUUGAUUUUUGGCAAGGAUAAUUGCCAAGAAGGCGCCAAAAUAACGUUUCCCCUCCCCUCUCUGCAAUCUUACCUCUUUCUUCUCAAGUUCCCCUCUCGAAAUCCAUGCUUAGCUUCAUGUACCAGCCGAACCCCCACCUCCGCCCCCUCGCCUCCUCACUUGAUGGGAGAAUCGACCCUUUCCUCUCCUGCUCCCCCGCAUCAUAGCAGCGGCAGCGCCGGAGUUGCCAAAGUUCAAGUCGUCCCAAGCGACCGGGACCCGAAUUUGCGCGAGCGGUGUCUUGACGACGACGACGACGGCGGCGGCGACAACGACGACAACGACGACGAAGGCCCCUAUCCCCUUUGGCGAAACCCAUCCACGACCUGUCGGGAUCGCGUGAUGCAGGGCAGAGGAGGCGUCUUGAAAUAA